AUGGAUACGGAAUUAAGGAAAUACUGGGGACAAAACACCAGACACAUAGGAGCCAUACACAGCACUACACAGCACUACACAACAGUACACAGCAAUACACAACCAUACACAGCCAUACACAGCAAUACACAGCAAUACACACCUUACACAGCAAUACACAGCAAUACACAGCCUUACACAGCAAUACACAGCAAUACACAGAAGGUCACAGCCAGAGUGUGUGUGCUUGGAGGACCUGAGCCACCUCCACCCCACCCCUGGGGCUUCCUGCCCCAGGAGGAGGAGGAGGAGGAGGAGGAGGAGGAGGAGGAGGAGACGCGGGUGCCCCCCGGGGGACGUGACAGCGGUGACGACGAGCCCCCCGUCCUGCACCCCCUGGCCCCCAAGCCCCACCCCACCUACCACCAGCCACACCAGUCCCCACAGCAGCCUCCGUCACCCGCCCCACACCAGGAGCACCUGCCCCAGGACUGCCUGCCCCGCCCCCACAAGACACCGCCCCCAGCCUCCCCUGUCCAGAAGGAGCGCGCCCCUCACAGGUCCCGCUCCCGCUCCCACUCCUGCUGCAGCACUGUGGCACUCAACAUAGCCACAGCAGGAGAGGCCAAUUAUCAACCCCCAAACUAA